AUGUCUAAAAAAUAUCCCGUAUAUGUAGAAUUUUACAGCAUUUAUUAUUCAAUACCAAUUAUUCAGCAAAAAGGACAUGAUAAAUAUAUAAAUGAAGAAGUUAAAAAAAACCCACGACAAAUGAUUUUUCAAAAUAUUCAUAGUUUGCUAGGCCUAGUAUGGGAAAUGUUAGCAAUCAUAGGCCUAUCAGGAUGCGAGAAAACUAUAUUUUUGAACGUGCUCGAAGAUCGCACAUCUAAAAAAAAUGUAGAAGGAACAGUUAAAUUGAAUAGACAUAUUCCAACUAAAGUCUCUAGACAUUUUGUAGCCUAUUGUACUCAAGAUGAUAUCUUUUUUCCAUACUUGAUAUCCCAAUUACGCCUUCCGCAUGAAUUACCCACUAGUGCAAAGUUGGAGCAAGUAGAAAAUAUAAUUCAAGCAUUAAAUCUUUCAAAAUAUUCAAAUACAAAAAUUGGUGAUACAAGAAUUCAUGAAAUCUCAGGCGGUGAGAGAAAACAAGUUAGUAUUGCAAAUGAACUGUUAACCGAUCCUAGUGUCAUUUUGUUGGAUAAGCCUACUUCUGGCUUAGAUAUGUAUUCAUCAUUAGUAUUAGAUCUUGUACAAACCCUAAAAGAAUUUGCAAUAAAGCAAAAAAAAACGAUCAUAAUGGUUAUUCAUCAACCUGCAUCACAAGUUUUUGAUCUAUUUGAUAAGCUAUUACUAAUAGCAGAUGGACAAGUAGCUUAUUUUGGAGAUAGUAAGAAUAUAGUCGAUUAUCUUGCUGAUGAAGGAUUUGGAAUAUCUCCAGUAGCAUCUCUAUCAUGA